AUAGUCUAGGCUACGUUAACACAUAGGAUUUACAUGGCAAGAGUUGGUAAGUAGCUGGAGAUAGAAUACUUGAACCAAGUCCAUGUAUUACCAUGUUCCUCUGAUGUGAGUGUGUUGUUGGUGCUGCUGCAGGGGGAAGAAGAUCGAGGCCCUGAUCUCCAUCAGGUCUCUGGCUCAGCACCACGCCAACGUGCUGCUGCCCAGGCUGCAUGAUGUUUGUCUGGCCGUCAAUCAAGAGGUGAAGAACCUGCGCUCAGUGGUGUCCCAUGCUGCCAUGGUGACGCUGGCCCACCUGUUUGCUCACCUGGGGCAGGACAUGGAUGCGGAGGCCGAGGGCGCAGCCCGGACACUGCUGCCGAAGGCUGGAGAGUCCAGCAGCUUCAUGAAGGACAUGGAUCUGGCCCUGGGGUACAUGGUGUAUAACACCAACCCCAUCCGCAGCAUGAACGCUCUCAUCAACGGAGGGCUCAGUCACAAACAUACAGCCGUGAGGAAGAGCACUGCACGGCACCUGGAGAAAGUGACGGAGGUCAUAGGGGCAGCUCGUCUCCUGUCCGGCAAAAACGACCUGACUGCCCGCUUCAUCCAUACUGCCAGCUGCUUGGCCCUUGACAACGCACUGGAAGUCAGGAAUCAGGCCCGUAACAUUCUGUCUGUAGUGGCCUCCCAUCCCGACCUCAUCAAGAUGGUGGAAAGGUUCGCCCCUCUGAGUGAUCAAAUCCGCAUGAAGGACUUUAUUAACAAAUGCCAGAAAAGACCUUUGCGUUGAAGUGGACAUCAGAGCCAGGGCGAGACCGCACCCACGGGGUCACAGACACACACACAACACCACCAUGUGUGACAAAACACACACACACACACACAGGGCAGUGCUGCAGAGAUACGCAAAUGCACAUCCGUUUCCCACAUAAAAUAAAGAAACAAAAAUGAAAAAA